CUGACUCCAGAUCAGCCGUUUGUUUAGUCAAACUGCGACUGUGCAGUCUCAUUUAGGUCGCGCGCUGAUGACGUCUCUAGGAGAGGAGGUUCGGGUUUGCCACGUCGGUCUCUGUGCAACGCGUUGACACUGUUGCUCCUCCAGCCCGGGGGUAACUUUUAAACCCGUUUUAUGCUCUCAGCCCGGGACAACGCCACCCUCCAGUACCGCCGGUGCGGUCGUAGCUCGUCUCCACACCAGUGAAGCCGGGGAUACUGAAGCUGUGAGGCGGAGAAAUGCCCGGCGCUGUGCGGACUCGUCUCACAACUGACUGAUGCAUCCUGGUCCAGCUCACUCCUCCGUGUGUUAUCGAUGUUGUUGGACUGUUUGUACAUGGUGGCUCAUUGAGGGGAAGGGGAGGAGUCCCAGCAGCUGUUGGUUGGUGGGCGGCAUCCGUGGUUGCCACGGUAACUGGCGACGAUGCCAGGAGGUCGCAGGGGCCCCAGCAGACAGCAGCUAAGUCGCUCUGCUCUGCCGUCCCUGCAGACUCUGGUUGGAGGCAACCUCGGCAAUGGUACAGGCCUCAGGAACAGGAGCAGUAACUCGGUGGGUCUGUCAGCCCCGCCUCUCUCGGCCCUCAUUACUCCGGAGCCAGUCCGCCACUCGAGGAUCCCUCAGCUGCCCUUGGACAGCAGCCUGCUGUUUGAGUUCCUGCUCUUCCUUUAUUUGCUGGUGGCCUUGUUUGUCCAGUACAUCAACAUCUACAGGACGGUGUGGUGGUACCCAUAUAGCCACCCUGCUGCCUCUACCUCGCUUAACUUUCAUCUAAUAGACUACCACCUGGCUAUCUUCAUCACAGUCAUGUUGGCCAGGAGGCUAGUUUGGACUAUAGUUUCAGAGGUGUCUCAGAGCAGCGGCGGAUCACUGCUCCGCUAUGUGGUUCUCAUCGCAGCUCGGCUCUGCCUGCUGACCAUGUGUGGCUGGGUGCUGUGCUGGACACUGGUCAACCUCUGCAAGAACCACUCUGUGCUCAACCUCCUCUUCCUAGGAUACCCAUUUGGUGUGUACGUCCCGCUCUGCUGUUUCCAUCAGGAGGGAGGCAAAAGCCAAACGGCUCCGGCUGACUGCGAUUACCCAGCCGACCACCAGCAGACUGACCUAACAGAGACCCCGUUCUUUAGACCACGUGACUUUCUCUUCCUGUUACGAGAGAACCUCAGAGAGCAGUUCUCCAGCCCCCCGCACAUGCCCACUCACACCUGCCCACCACACACACACUCACACACGCCGGAGUUGAUUCGAGCCGAGGUGGAGGAGCUGAAGAGCGACUUCAACCGUCGAAUCAAGGAAGUGCUAUUCAACUCGCUGUUCAGUGCUUACUAUGUAGCCUUCCUGCCUCUCUGCUUUGUCAAGAGCACUCAGUACUAUGACAUGCGUUGGUCAUGUGAGCAUCUGAUCAUGGUGUGGAUCAAUGCAUUUGUGAUGCUGAUGAGUCAGCUGCUGCCCCCCAGCUACUGCGACCUGCUUCAUCGCUCGGCAGCCCACCUGGGCCGCUGGCAGAAACUGGAGCACGGCUCGUACAGCAACGCACCUCAGCAUGUAUGGUCAGAAAGCACUAUUUGGCCUCAGGGGGUGUUGGUACGACACAGUCGAUGCCUGUAUAAGGCAGUCGGACCCUCUAAUGUCGCUCUUCCCUCUGAUGUUUCCCAUGCAAGGUUUUAUUUCCUGUUUCACAAGCCAUUGCGGAUCCUGAACCUGCUGCUCUGGAUCGAGUCGAGUGUGGUUGUGUACCAGUUAUACUCUCUGCUGCGCUCUGAGCGCUGGAACCACACUUUGUCUCUGGGCCUUAUUCUCUUCUGCAACUACUAUGUCCUUUUUAAACUGCUCCGAGACCGCAUUGUGCUGGGCAAAGCUUACUCCUACCCACUGUCCUCCAACAGUUUGGGGCUCAAAUCGCAGUAAAGGCUCCGCUCAGUGAGACCUCACCUACGAACUCUGGAUUUGGAGGGGAAAUGGGUGGAGGACUGGUAAAGCGGAAGACUGGAGGGUUGUUGAACGCUCACGCUUGGAGGUUAAGGGACAGACUGUGAACUCAUAAUUGUGUUUUGAUACGGUUCUAUUUUUAAUGCAAUGUUUAUACCUAUUUAAAAGAAUAUUUUUAUUUUGUAUACUAUUUCGAGUUACGCCGGGCAUUACCACACUGACAACAUUAGCAUGUUGUGUUAUGUUGUUGCUAGGCGUCAGGGAAGUUAGGGAAUGCCAGGAGGUGACUUUCACCAAAGAUAUUUUAAGUGCAGGUGGCCAAUCACAGUGCGGACUUGGCCUCUGACGGUCACUUAAACCAGAUGAGCGAUUCAGAGCAGUGGAAGGAGUCGAGCCUGAGAUCCUGAAUCCUGAUUGGCCCAUAUUCUGCUUGAACCUUGAGGCUCCCAAAUCUAAAAUCUGGAACCAGUUGCUGUUUGGGGCAGCAUUGCUGCAGCAAUUAAAGCUGAUUGUUUGUCACUGCUCUUUAAGGAAUAGUUCGACAUUUUGGAAAAUGUCCUUCUUUUCUUUCAGGCAAAGAAUGAGAGGAUCAGUAUCACUCUCAUGUCUGUACAGUAAAUAUGAAACCUGUGCAAUUUUUUUGCUUUUUUUUCGUAUGGAUUAAACAAAAUUCACUCACUGCUAGUUGUAGCUUUGUCUUCACUGUACAGACAUGAGGUAUCGAUUUACUUACCAGAAUGAGAAUAAAUGAAUUUCCCAAAAUGCCCAAUUAUUCUUAAAGCUGACCCUCAGUGUGGAUUUUUACCACAAUGUCAAAUAAAACUUUGAUUCACUUGAGAUCAGUCUGUAUGUAAAACACCUUAGGUACUCCCAUCCACUGCCUCUGCAGAAAAUGCUGUAUUCUUCCUCAUUCAUGUUUCUUACCUUUUACUAUCAGUAUCUGCUUGUUUCACAUCGUUGACUAUCUGGAGGGGCAGUUACAGCACCAGGCUUUAUAAACUUUCACAAGGCUGCCAACAAGUGAGAAGGGAUUCAGAUGCUAUUGGUGUGUUUUUCAGCCGUGCCUGCCCCGGUUCUGGUUAUUUGAGUUCUUAAAAGCCAUCCAGACACUUUAUUUUGCUGAUUUUCGGUGCCUGAAUGCUUAAACCAUACUGGAAGUGAGGACCAUAUCACAUCAGGUCCAUCUCUUUGUGGAUUGGAUGCAGAUAACAGAACGAAUGUGGCUAUUAGAAAAGUAUUUUGUUGUCCCCAGAUCUAACCUUUCAUUCACUGCAAAUAUGUCAGUCAUCACGCUCUUAUAUGGAUUAGACAGCAGACGAUAUUUAACAGUGACAUUUCCAUUGGGGAUAAAUGCAAAAUCAAAGGGUGAAGACAGCUGGAGGGGAAAGACUGUAUGUGUCACCUCAUUACCAGUUCAUGUAUUUUUGGUUACCAGAAUGGUGUUACAAACAGGUUGCCUUGCAUGUUGUUGCCUUUCUCUUCAGUCAUACUUCGUGAACAUCCUUUUAACUCUUAAGUGGGUUCCUCUUUAUGAGCCUCCACCCCUCCGCUGGCUCUAAUCUGCAGGCAGUGCAUAACUUCGGGCAGUAUUAAGUGUUAGUGUCACAGCCCGUUCGUUAGCUGUUCAGUAUUCAGAUAGAAAUAAAUACAACUUGAGCAGAAAAGCCUUUUUUAUCCGUCUGAGAGGGAAAUGUGAAAAUCAAUGUUUCCUGUGCUGUUGUGAAUUUCAUAUUGAGAGGUGGAGGAAGCUACUUUUGAGCUGAACCAGUGUGUGUAUCUGGAUCACAGAAGAAGUGUGACGAAUCUUUGAUUAAACUCAAAUUUCAUUCAUGUGCCCAUUAUUCUGCUUUAUCUGCAAACUCAGCCCUUAAUUCAGCCUUUUGCUGCUCAUGUUUUGUUUGUGCUCUUGUUCCACUUGAAUGUAGCAAAUUUUGCAGCUGAACGGUUCUGUUGACUUGAAUUGGCAUGUUUUUGUAAUUUUGAUAGCGAUAGCCUUCAAUUGAGCACGAUCACAGAAAGAUCAGUUUUGAAUGGGUGUUCUUACUUACUUACAGUUCUUACUUGAAUGUUUACUCCUUCCUUAAAUAACACACAUUCUGUCGGCUUUGUUUUGGUUUGGAGAAACCCAUAAGAUCACAGCUGGAGAACAGAAUUGAGGAGUGAGAUUUGGAAAGAUAUAAAUCUGUGCUCCCUCUUGUUAUAAAAAUUGUCAAAUUGAGUCACAGAGUUGGUUUUCUAUGUGCCAUAUCCCAGGAUUAAGACUCCUGGUUGAGCGUGUUGGAGCUGGAAAAGUCAUAGGAGCUGGUCCUCAUAUUUCGGUUUUUUACAGUGUUCAGUUUCCCCCACAGCAUUUCUGAAAAUGCUUUUUGACAUCUGAAAUAAAACAAAUGGUGUUUCAA